GGUUAUGUUCUUAUUAUUUUCGUCCGCGGUGUUUACUGCUUGGGAAUUUUUUUUUUAAUAAAUACAAAAAGCUUCAAAAAUGGGAUCAAAAAAAGCGUCACCGAGUCCGGAACCAGCCGAAGAAUACGUUGUUGAAAAAAUAAUCGACGUACGAGUAAAGAACGGCGUCAGAGAAUACCUUUUAAAAUGGAUUGGUUAUGAUGAUAAGGACAACACUUGGGAGCCCGAAAGUAAUUUAGACUGUCCAGGCUUGAUAAAAGCUUUUGAAGCAGACAGGGCAGAAAAGGAGUCUGAAAGAAGUAAAAAGAGAAAAAGUACUAGCACACCCACACCGGAUCAAAAAGGUGGUAAAAAAUGGAAAGGGGAAGACAAAAAGUUGGCUGGAUUUGAUCGUGGACUUGAACCUGAAAAAAUUAUUGGGGCAACUAAUAGUUCAGGACCAUUAAUGUUCUUAAUGAAGUGGGUAGGUACAGAUGAGGCAGACUUAGUGCCAGCCAAACAAGCAAACGUAAAAUGUCCUCAGGUGGUGAUAAAGUUUUAUGAAGAAAGGCUAUCAUGGACGUCUCCAAGCAUAUCAGCAGAGGAAAAGGAGAAUUAGUAAAUACAGAUUUGUUGUAACGUCAUAAGUUGAAUAGGGUUAGUAUUAUGACAGGGUUUUAAAUAAUUGACCUAAAGAGAACAAGAAACGGAUGGUAAAAUCUAUGGUCUCCUUUCUUUUUUCUUCUGUAAAAAGCCUUUUUGACUCAUGAUAUUUUGUCAUAUAUCUUUAUAGUUUCUAUGUUAAACAUUGAGCAUGGUUAUUAUUUUUUUAUCAUUAAUAUUUGUAUCAUCAAUGUUAUUUAUGAACAUUGUAUUGCUUAAAAAAUUAUUUUAAGAGUUUAAAUUUUCACUGCCACUAUAAUUUUGGAGUGUUAAUUUAUAAUUAUAAGUGAGAAUAUAUUGCUUUUGUAUAA